AAUUUAAACAGUUAAAAAGCAGCAUAUUUAGUUGGCGAACCACAACCAAAGCAUAGCUGUGCUCAUUUAAUCUCCCACACAAGCUCUCCAUGAAACAAAAAAGAGUCCGCAUAAAACAUCAGAAAUAUUUCUUUCCUGUAUUCACUCUCAACAUUCCGCUACAAUGUCAAAUACUGAGCUCUCUAUUGAAGAACAGAACCGACGACAACCAGCUACGGCCGCUUCUGGGCUCUUCUCGUUUGCAGACAGGCUUGACUACCUCUUGAUGUUCUUCGCAAGUGUGGGUUCGUGUGCUCAUGGCGCUGCUCUCCCUCUAUUCCUCGUGCUCUUUGGGAAGCUCAUCGACUCAUUAGCUUCUCUUUCGUUACAUCCUCAUAAGCUGGCUUCGGAGAUUUCAAAGCAAGCUCUACAACUGGUCUAUCUCGGACUUCUGGUCAUGGCAUCUGCGUGGAUUGGGGUUGCAUUUUGGAUGCAUACCGGAGAAAGACAAACAGCACGUUUAAGGGUUAAGUACAUCCAAUCUGUCUUACAGCAAGACAUGACAUUUUUUGAUACAGAAGCUAGAGAAGAAAACAUACUGUAUCGCAUUUCAAGUGACGCUAUUCUCGUGCAGGAUGCAAUUGGUGAUAAGAUUGGUCACUGUCAGAGGUACCUUUCUCAAUCUUUUGUUGGAUUGGUCAUGGGAUUUUCCACAGUAUGGCAACUUACCCUCCUCGCACUGGCUGUUUUGCCAUUAAUUGUUGUUGCUGGAGGAACAUAUGCGAUAAUUAUGUCCAGCUUGUCAAAGAAGGGUGAGAAGGCAUAUGCUGAAGCUGGGAAAGUUGCCGAAGAGGUGAUCUCACAGAUCCGUACUGUGUACUCAUAUGUGGCGGAAGGUAGAGCAACAGAAGAAUAUUCAAAAUCACUUGAAACCGCGCUGAAGUUGGGAAAGAAGAGCGGACUCGCAAAAGGACUAGGAGUCGGCUGUACAUUUGGUCUUCUAUUCUGUUCAUGGGCUCUGCUUCUUUGGUUUGCCGGAAUCCUUGUCAUUCAUCGAGUUACAACCGGUGGCAAAGCAUUCACAACAAUCCUAAAUGUUAUUUAUAGUGGAUUUGCCCUUGGACAAGCAGCACCCAGCCUCAGCUCUUUCGCCAAAGGACGGGCAGCAGCAAGCAAUAUAAUAAACAUGAUAGAAAAUGUCCCAAAUGUCACAAAAGAGUCAGAUAAGGGAGUGGUUUUACCGGAGGUCGUAGGCAAUAUUGCAUUCUCUGAGGUUUCUUUCUCCUACCCCUCACGAAAGCACAUGAUCUUUGAAGACCUAAGCUUGGUAAUCAGUGCAGGAAAAACCUUUGCAUUCGUGGGCGAAAGUGGAUCGGGAAAGAGCACCAUCAUAUCAAUGAUCGAAAGAUUUUACGAGCCAACUUUGGGCAAAAUAUUGUUGGAUGGGCAUGACAUAAAGGACCUUCAGCUAAAGUGGCUAAGGAACCAGAUGGGAUUGGUCAGCCAAGAGCCUGCCCUCUUUUCUACCACUAUUGCUAGUAACAUUCUCCAUGGAAAUGAGGGUGCACAAAUGGAGGAAAUUGUGGAGGCAGCAAAGGUUGCAAAUGCCCAUUCUUUUAUACAGAAUCUACCAGGUGGCUACAUGACUGAGGUCGGAGAGAGGGGAACCCAACUUUCUGGAGGCCAGAAACAAAGGAUUGCUAUAGCAAGAGCAGUGCUAAGGAAUCCUAAAAUUUUGCUAUUAGAUGAAGCUACGAGUGCUCUAGAUGCAGAAUCAGAACACCAUAUCCAACGUGCAUUUGAAAGAGUAAUGUUGAACAGGACAACGAUUAUUGUUGCACACAGGUUAUCUACAAUUAGCAACGUUGACACCAUCGCUGUCUUAAAGCAUGGGAAGAUCAUUGAAAGCGGCACACAUGUGGAAUUGAUAUCAAAGGGAGAUGAUGGUGAAUAUGCGAAGAUGGUGAACUUGCAGACAUCUGCAAACAGCGAAAAGAGGAGCCAAAAUAAUCUUAGGCAACUAAUGGAUUCAUAUGAAUUGUCAGCUGGAUUCGAUCAACAAGAAACUGAAGUAUAUUAUGAGAAGGCUGAAUCAAUGGCGCCAGGAAAUCAGAAGAGCCAGGAACAUGGUCAACGGAAGUUGGCAUCGACAUCACCUAUUUGGAGAGCAAUUAGAUUGAAUAAACCAGAGUGGCCAUUUGGAUUUUUGGGGUCAGUGGGUGCUAUACUGGCUGGCAUGCAAGCUCCUCUUUGUGCUCUGGGGAUUACACAUGUUCUGACUGCGUUUUAUUCUCAUAACAAGCACGAGACCAAGCAUGAGAUCAAAAUGAUUUCUCUUAUUUUCAUUGGAGCUGCAAUUAUAACUGUGCCAAUAUAUACGUUACAACACUAUUUCUACACUCUGAUGGGGGAGAAACUCACAACUCGCGUUCGACUACUUAUGUUCUCAGCAAUCCUUAAAAAUGAGGUUGGCUGGUUCGACCUAGAUGAACACAGCAGCGGAUCACUUGCCUCAACCUUAGCUGCUGAUGCAACACUGGUAAAAAGCACAGUUGCAGACAGGAUGUCAAGCAUAAUUCAGAAUAUCUCCCUUACUGUCACAGCCUUUGUUAUAGCAUUUCUGCUAAGUUGGCGAUUGGCAGCUGUUGUCAUUGCGACCUUCCCUCCUCAUUGCUUCAUAUAUAGCUGAGCACCUAUUUCUUAUGGGAUUUGGAGGAGAUUACGCCCAUGCUUAUGCUAGAGCUAGUUCACUAGCACGAGAAGCCAUCACUAACAUUAGAACAGUGGCAGC